CAGCAUCUGCGUGCUGACCGGGCGGGACUUGGAAGCGAAGGGAGUCUUGGAAUCAAAGCGGGACUUGGUGACGGAAGGGGGUCUUGGCUAGAACCCAAAGGGCAGGGCUUUGUUGCCUUGCUGCCUUGUGCUCCCCUUCGCUUCGCUGUUGUGCCCAUAUUCUGUUUCCGGCGUUGUUUUGCUCACCGCUUUCCCAUCUCCAUGGGCAAACCCUUGCCCUCUGACUUGGUGGAUCCGGAUGACAAGGAGGUUUUACUUGGUUUGCCUGGGGCAUGGGCCGAGGAGACUAACGAACCUGCCGACCAUUACACAACCAAAAUAGGAGGUCAACCGGAUUGGCCAGUCCCUCUUCAGGAUGUCAACGAUGAGUUACUCAAGUGUGGUGUUUGUGAUGGCUACUUGGGGCUCGUUGCACAGAUAUAUGCACCUCUUACGCUGUACGGAUCAAAGCUUGAGGAGCGGUCCCUCUUUAUUUUAGGAUGUCCGUCUGCGAGUUGUGGCGUUGAUCGCAGCAGCUGGCGUACAAUUCGAUUUCAGAAAGAUGUUCCCAGUGAAAACUCAUCCCAGCAGGACCAAACAGAGAGUGCAGCCGGUUCUAGUACUGCAUCAAGUGGACCCCAAAGUGAAUUGAGCGAAGUGCCUCUGGACAAUCAUGGGUGGGGCGAGGACGCAUCACUCAGCAUUGAUUGGUUUGGUGAGAACUCGUGGGAUGGAUAUGUUGGGGAUGAUCAAUCCGAAUCCAUGAACAUGCAGGAACUGCAGACCUCGUUACUGGAGGCUGGUUAUGCGGCUGCAGGAUCGAGAAAUCAACAUCAUUACCAUCACCACCACCACCAUCAGCGGGGUCACCACAGGGACACUGGCUCAGCUUCAGGGGAAGCUGCGACUUCAAAUCGCUCAUCCCACAGCUCUUUGCCAUUACUUCCAUGCUUCUACAUCUACACCCAGAGUGAAGAAUCUACUCCUUAUGAAAGUGCCACCUCUAGGAGUGAUAAUCAGGCAGACGGAGAGGCGGACGAUCCUUUGGAUGACAUAGAAGAUCCUUACGGCAUCGUCGAAGGCGUUGGGGAACUCUGGGAAGGGGAGGAGUAUGAGCCUGAGCGUGCGUUAUCUGCUGAUCGAACAUAUCUCAAGUUUAAGAAAAAGUUGGAUUUAAGUCCAGAGCAGUGUUUCAGAUACUGCUUUGGUGGCCGGCCGCUGUGGGCCACAGAUGCUCAUGAUGAACCAGGUACAUGUGGCGCAUGUGGAGGACCUCGCGUGUAUGAAAUGCAGUUGAUGCCUCCAGUCCUCUACUUUUUGCAGCAGGCCUACAAAGACCUCCCCCCUUCAACAUAUGGACCUGAUGAUUGGGAGUGGUCAACACUUGUUGUUUACUCUUGUGCUCAGAGCUGCUUACAAAGGGCUCCAGAACGUGCCAUGAUAGCUGGAGAGAGAACAGAUUGGAGCAUCAUUGUAGAAGGCACCAUUGUACAAGCAGAAGUUACUAGCUAGUUAACGGCUGCACAUUCUUGUUCUAGGAGAGCCAAAUGAAUAUCACUAUUUAAUACAGAUUUUUCUGCUUCACACUUCGUCUCUUGAAGUUGCAGUUGAUGUCUUCUGACAAUUGAUCAA